AUGAAGAUCGAGGAGGUAAAAAGCACCACAAAGACCCAGCGCAUCGCCUCUCACAGCCAUGUCAAGGGACUAGGACUGGACGAGGCCGGCUAUGCUAAACAGAGCUCAUGUGGUCUGGUCGGUCAGGAGGCUGCCAGAGAGGCUUGUGGAAUCAUCGUUGAGCUCAUCCGCUCUAAGAAGAUGGCAGGAAGAGCUGUGUUGUUAGCAGGGCCACCUGGUACAGGAAAGACUGCCCUCGCCUUGGCUAUUGCACAGGAGCUGGGAAACAAAGUGCCUUUCUGCCCCAUGGUUGGCAGUGAGGUCUACUCAUCUGAAAUUAAAAAAACAGAAGUCUUGAUGGAAAACUUCAGGAGGGCGAUUGGGCUACGUAUCAAAGAGACCAAAGAGGUGUAUGAAGGGGAGGUGACGGAGUUGACCCCGUGUGAGACUGAGAAUCCCAUGGGCGGCUACGGAAAAACCAUCAGCCACGUCAUCAUCGGCCUCAAGACGGCGAAAGGCACGAAGCAGCUCAAGCUGGAUCCCAGUAUUUACGAAAGUCUUCAGAAAGAGCGCGUGGAAGUGGGAGACGUCAUUUACAUUGAAGCCAACAGUGGAGCCGUCAAGAGACAAGGUCGUUGUGACACAUUUGCAACAGAGUUUGAUCUGGAGGCAGAAGAGUACGUGCCCCUGCCCAAGGGUGACGUCCACAAGAAGAAGGAGAUCGUCCAAGACGUCACACUACACGACCUGGAUAUUGCAAAUGCGAGGCCACAGGGAGGACAGGACAUUCUCUCCAUGAUGGGACAACUGAUGAAGCCAAAAAAGACAGAAAUCACAGAUAAACUACGUGCUGAGAUCAACAAGGUGGUGAAUCGCUACAUCGACCAGGGCGUAGCUGAGCUGGUUCCCGGUGUGCUGUUUGUGGAUGAAGUGCACAUGUUGGACAUCGAAUGCUUCACCUACCUCCACCGAGCGCUCGAGAGCUCCAUCGCACCCAUCGUUGUGUUUGCAUCAAACAGAGGCAACUGUUUAAUCAAAGGGACAGAGGACAUCAGCUCUCCACAUGGGAUUCCCCGGGACUUACUGGACAGAGUCAUGAUCAUCCGCACGGUGCUGUACACACCACAGGAGAUGAAGCAGAUCAUCAAGAUCCGAGCUCAGACCGAGGGCAUCACUAUCAGUGAGGAAGCUCUCGCCCACCUGGCAGAGAUCGGCUCAAAGACCACCCUCAGAUAUUCUCUGCAGCUGCUGACGCCGGCUCAUCUGCUGGGCCGAGUUCAGGGUAAAGAGAACGUGGAGAGAGAGCAGGUGGAGGAGAUCAACGAGCUCUUCUACGACGCCAAGUCCUCGGCCAAAAUCCUCCAAGACCAACAUCACAAGUACAUGAAGUAAAACUGGAGUCAUAUCCUUUCAUAAGACGGAACUGGUGAUACCUUCGCUUCAAACUUCCAUGGUUUCACUUUUGUCACCAACCACCGUUUCUGUGCUGUAUUUACUGUAGUAGUUUUGUUCUAAUAAAAUUUAAGUUUUAUUGUUUAUAAAUGGAAAUGAUGUGUCGGUGGUUUGGAUGUCACCGUCAUCACACUGAGCAGAUUCACCAGGAACAGUGACUUCAACAAAGUAUGUGGAAAUAAAUCAUGAAAUGAUUUUCAUUGGAAGGAAUGUAAAGGAAAAAAAACAAGGUCCGUUUCUAUUGUGCCUUGUUUUUAGAGGGAUUAGGAAAAUGAAAGAUGAACAGAUGAGUUUUAACAUCUGGACAUCGUCGGCGCCACAGUUUACUAACCGACCACAUUGUAAAAAGCAGCAACAAGAAGCAGGUUCAUUGAAAUGGUCUUUAAUUUUCUAACUUUUUUAAAAUAAAUAUGGGGUAAAAUAA